AUCAAGUUCAAAGACGCAGUAGGACGAAAAUUCAGCUUUCCCUUCCUAUUUUGCGCCACUUGGGGAGGCAUGGAAGAAUUAAUCAAACAAGCCUUCCUACACGUUGACCUCAUCGGACCGCACGUCUUUGAGGGCCAUUACGACUUGAUCGGACCAAACGGCGAAAUCAUACUGCCGCAGGUCUGGGAAUCGAUUAUUGAGCCG